AUGCCGCCAAAGGGGGAGAUACGUCUUGGGCUUACUACUAUACUGCCGUCGCGGCAUUCCACAAAGUUCCUACAACUACAACUGACAGGAAGAGAGGACAGCGAGGGCAUCACGCCCAGCAGCAACUCCGACCUCACUAAUACUAUCGCUGCGCGUGCUAAAAAAUGCCGCGACUUGUUGAUGACAUCCUACAACUCCCUGCGUAGCUACCAAGAUGGCGGCACGCAGUGGGUUCGGGUGCGCGAUCUGGCGGGGUGGUUCAAUAUAUGGGCGACGGAGAUGGAUGCAUUCACCGCGCUAGACGACGAGCUGCUCGGCCAGCCGGAUGCGAGGAGGCUGAUACAAGAAAUUUUAGAAAUCAUGGAGGAUAGUCUGCGUCAAUAUUGCCAAUAUGCACACCAAGUGAUCACCAUCCUGGAGGAUCUCACGAUAUCCUCCGAUCCCGCCGACAAUGCCGACCACAAAUCAGCAACUGAGUCUGCUAGGUACGAGGAGAUUGACAACAUCCUCGUCUCGCUUUCUACAAGGAUCGGCUGGCUACGCCGCCUCACGAUUACGACCCAGCGAGCCAGACAAAAUGUAAAAGUAUGCGACAGCUAA